AUGUCGACAAAGCCGCCUUCUCGGGUGGUGUUUGUAGGAAACAUUCCCUACGGUCUCUCCGAAGAACAAAUCACAGAUAUUUUCAGCACCUGCGGACAGGUCCUCAACUUUAGACUAGUGUAUGACCGAGAGACUGGAAGGCCCAAGGGAUUCGGCUUUGCAGAAUAUCCCGAUGCAGACUCGGCAGCAUCGGCAGUAAGAAAUCUCAAUGACUACGAAGUAAUGAACCGCAAACUUCGCGUCGAUUACAGCACCGAAGGUCGUGUGGGCGAGGAAGACGACAAGAUGGGACCAAGCACCAUGAACAAUGCGGGAUCGUACUCGAACGGCGUAUCGACUGCACCUCCAGUCGUUCCGGCCGGGACACUGCCACCGCUCCCGCCCGGAAAGGAGCUGCCACCCGGAGUCAGCUUCCACGAUGCCAUUUCUCGUACUCUGCAUACGCUUCCGCCGGCUCAAUUACUCGACAUUCUCUCGCAGAUGAAGACGCUGGCCACGACAGACCCGGCACGCGCGACAGAAUUGCUCACUGCCGCACCUCAACUUUCAUAUGCUGUAUUCCAGGCAUUGCUGCUCAUGGGACUUGUGUCGCCCGAAGCUAUUCACUCGGUCAUUGAUACGAGCGCGCCGCCGCCUGUCCAAGCACCUCCUUCGGCCUAUCCAGCGGCCUCGAUGCCAGCCAUGCCCGCCUUCCCUGGAGUUCCAACUGGCACACCUCCAGUGGCCGCUCCCUUUGCACCGCCUCCAGUUGCACAGCCUCCAGUCAAUUACGGUGCUCCUGUUGUGCCAACUCCCGCACCAGCUCAAGAUUCUGACCAAUUGUUGAAAAUGGUCAUGGAGCUGCCUCAGGCGACUAUUGAUCAGCUUCCCGAGGGCGAAAGACAACAAAUUAUGAUGCUUCGUGCCCAGUUGAUGGGACAACACCGUUAA